UAGAGAGUAAAAUCAUCAUCCAUAGCCGACAUUUACAAUUCUAAUUGGCUAAAUCUAAUUCUGCUUAACGACCCUAUGGUGAGGUCUCACAUCGAAUAUUUGUCUAGCAGGAGUGUAAACACUUAUUAGAUCAUUUCUCUACAAACUUGCCUCAACCUACCCUCCUUGUUUUUGUGAUGGCAUCCUGCGUUGAUGAGGAGACGGCGGAUCUAACGAGCAACACUGCCAAUAACACAGAUAGUGCUUCGGCAAUGGAAAACUUCUCUCGUAAAAAGCGAGUUGGCCGGCCUUUUUCGACGACAGAUUUAAUGUUGUUGAAACCAGACGAAGAAGAUGGGCGCCGUAGUCCGUUUGUGCAGAGAAGAGCUGAAAAAAUGGAGAAAAAAUGCAAAUACUCUCGUCCAAGAAGUGUGAGCUUUCAUCCAGACGUUCGACUAUUCUAUGCGUGUACAACAAACGAUCUUGCUGAAGUUAAGGCACUUAUAGAAUCAGGAAUGGCCGAUGUUAACGCCAAAAACCCUGCUGAAGGCGCAACACCACUUCAUGCAGCAGCUUUUGAAGGAAAUAAAGAUUGCAUGAUUUACCUUUUGGAGUGUGGAGCCAGGAUUCAUUCUCGUGAUGAUGAUGGUUGGACUCCAUUACACGCCGCAGUGUGUGGUGAAGAUCUUAAAUGUGUUGAAAUGCUAUUAGAAGCUGGUUGUAACUCAUUUACUGAAAACAGUGAUGGUUACACACCGUUUCAGAUGGCCAUCGAACUAAGGAAUGAGAAACUUCUGUCGUGUUUCUUCAAGUACAUUGGUGAUGUAUUUGAACAAAAUGUCCCAGAAACUUCAGUUUGAGAAGAAGCAGCUCCUUGAAAGGCAUAUGUUUUUGAGAUUAUUUGUAUAGUAUAAUUUUAUUAGAUUAUUAUGAAGAGCAGUCAUAAUACGAAGUUUCAAAGGCGGAGAAACGAAAGCCCUGAGACAAAGACAUUGGUUAAUAUAAAUAUUUUGAGAUACGGAUGAUGUAGUUCAUGAUAACUCAUCGCAAUUGAUGUAAUAUAAAUAGACAACAGCAAGAGCCAAGUCAGCAAAACAUUCAGAAACAAGGCAUUGCGUGCUUUUAAAGACAAUCCAUAUGCUUUAAGAUUUAUUUAAUCAAAGYGAAAUAGUGGCGACAGAAUGUCGGAGUCAUCAAAUGACUUACCGCUCGUGUUCUAUUAUAGCAGACCACUU